UUGCAAAUGGCGGCACUUGUUAUUGUUCAAUGGCGUUGAAUAUGCAAGCACAUUUUUAAAACUACUCUGUCACCUAUACAGGUGGACAUAUGACCUCUCAGUAAAGAUGGGUCCUCAAGAGGACUACAUCGAGACGGUGUUUACAUGUGAAGGGGACAUCAAUGAUCCAAACCUUCAGUCUCGACUUGAAGAUAUCCGCAAAGGUCUUCGAGAUCUGCUCUCAACAGAUAAGAGGAAGCUUAUCCUAAAGAAAGUUGAGCCAUGGAACAGUGUACGUGUGACGUUUAACAUCCCACGUGAAGCUGCUCAAAGACUUAAACAGUUGGCACAACAGGGAGACUCAACACUACGACAACUGGGAGUCUUAGCUGUACAAAUUGAAGGCGAUCAGAUUAUCUCACUAACAAUAGCUGGUAGAAAUAACGAAAGAACUCGAUUGGUUUUCCGAACAGAAAGUGAUACAGUAGAUGCACCAUCAGUGUCUGUGUUAGACUCUGGUGGAGGAAGAACAAAUGAUUUUGAAACUCCAGGGCCAAGUAAUGCAGAAAGCACAACACAGAAAAAUAUUGCUGAUUAUCUUCGGCAAGGGGCACCCCUCUUUGACACGUUAUUUGGGCAGCAGUCAUCAGCACCAGAUGGGUUUCAGUCACCUGGUUCAAGAGAUGCCAUGCCAUUUGCCUCAAUGGGAAUGCCAUCUUCAGCCACAGGCAAGAGUCCUCAACCCCAACAGUCUUUUGGAUUUCCUCCAGGGAAAAACCCAACAAGUGUACAACCACAUCAAAGUGGAUUCUUCCCAUUUGAUCAGCAGGCCAAGGGCUCUCUGGGUCAACCAGGAAUGAAACUGCCCUCACCACCAGGCCUGUCUCCUCACAGCAUUCCACAACAGCAAGGGCAUGAACUUUCACUACCUCCUCCUCCUCCUUAUCCUCAUGGGAGUGCUCUGGUCAACAACUUUGUGAAGGGAGGCAGGUACCCCACAACGUCCACUGGAAGUCCAUUGCUAGUCAAUUUGCUUCAGACUGAACCGUCCUUAGCAGGCAUCAAUAACUUUAUGCACAGUAAAAUGUUACCACCUCCAGAAACGGGGUCUCCUCCUAAAAAGAAGAGACGACAACGGAAGCCCAAAGAAAAACCAAAUGCAACUGUUAGUGAGACACAGUCCCAGUCUCCCAGCACUCCCACAGCAGUGCCAUCAUCAGAGGGAGAAGUCUCCAUACAGAGUGUACCAAACCCUGCUCUGGCUACCUGUGGCCUGCCUCUGGUCACAUCAGGCAGCAGCUCAAAUAUGCCAAGCAUUCCAAUGGUUACACAGGCCUUACCAGCUUCUACACAACCAGCUGUUACCUAUUCUGGGAGACAACCAAUCCAUCCGCCUCACAGCCCUUCACACCAAAAUACAGACACAAAUCUUCACAUGGUUAACUCAACUGCUGCUUCAAACUUAAUUCCAUUGUCUCAGGAACCCAUACCUAGGAAAUCAGAUUCUGGAGAUCAGAGUCAAUUUUUACCUGAAAACACAGCUGGAAAAAUCAUAAACCCAUAUACUGGACUUUUAGAACCUAUGGAAAAUUCAUCCGAUACAAGUCCCAUAAAAAGUGACGGUUCUUUAGAUGGAUUUUCCCCACAUAAAAAUCCUAUAAAACGCUCCCCAAAGGACAAAAAGCAGCCACCAAGUGGUAUUUCUCCAAAUAAACAUUUACCUAUUAACAAUGUUAUGCAUCAAGGAAGGAUGCCCCCAUCAAGUGAUAGGAUAUCUUCUGUGCCAAGUUCUUCUGCAGGACAUUCAAGUGUUAAUUACUCUAGGCAGCAACACCAGCAGAAUGAGACAUUAACAGUAUACAGUAGCAGUAGUAGUAGUAGUAAUAACUUAAUGUUGCCUUCAUCAUCGUCGCUGUCUUCAGUAUCAUCUAUGUCAUCAUCUCCACAGCCACUUGCAUACCCUGCAAGCAGGGGUAAUAGUGGUUAUGUUCAUUCUAGUCCUACUAGGAAAGAGUCUGUGACCAGUUUACACAACAGCAACUUGACACAGAACAGGACUGUCAACAGGUCACCGGGAGGACCAGAGCUUAUGCCAGUUUCUAGUGCAACUCAAGGAUUUGUCACCCAGUCACCUACUUCAUCUUCUCCCAGAUCUUUACCUGGCUAUGUGCCUGGUAUGUCUUCAGCUGAACUGCAACCUUUACAUCAAAGUGUGUACAAGAGUUUGACAUCUGGUUUCCCUGAGGACAAUCAUCUGACGACUGUUUGUUGUGGGGCUCGCACAACAACUAGUGCUUCUCCUAUCAUGAGCCACAGACAACAACAGCAUGUUGCAACAAAUGCUGUUGCAGCCUCUACUCAGCAGAAAACAUCAUUGGAGAACACUAGUCCUUCGAAUUCUGAACAAUUGCUCAAUCCUCAUGUGAUGAACCAUCCAGCCAAACACACAGGUGUUGUGGGUACCAGCACGAACUGUUUGAUAGACAGCCCUGGUGGAGACUCUGAAAAUUCAAGUCAGAGCAGUCUUCUACAUGAACAUUCUACUCCGAAUGACAUAGCAGCCUCAGGCUGCACACUGGAACAGGAGACAAAGGUUUACAAUCAUGACUCAGGAAUUGGCAGCUCAUCAGAAAGGUCGGAUGGCACUCCAUCAGAACCUGGAGAUGAUUUUAAAGCAGCACAUGCUAAUAGUGAAGAUUGUGGUGCAUCCAUCAAACAUUUUUUAGAUGGAAUAAGUAAGACCACAUGUGUACCUAAAUCAGAUGCUCAAGUGAUAACAGUUGGAUAUGCAAUGUCCAAUAGUCAUGUUAACAAAAACACGUUGAAGCAUAAUUCUGAUAUUUCUUCAAUUUUAUCAAUGCCAAUGGAAAAGGCUUUAAAUCAUCAAACAUUUAAUCAUGUGAAUUGCCGGAAAGACAAGACCAAGGUGAUGAAUCAUGUUGGCCCCAGCCAGCAAAACACUGUGUUACAUUGGUCUACUAGGGACAAAAUAUUCUCAAACCUGGUAGAGUCCAACAAACGCAAAAGUCCAAAGCAGUUUCUGAGAGAGGAAUGUGUAGCCCAAGUGAUGACGAACAAACAAAAGCUGCCUCCAUAUACUGCAGACCAUUUAAAGCACAUGCAGAAAAUGGAUCCCCUAAUGCCACCACAUGGCAAUUGCAAUUCUACAUUUGGUGGCACUGAUGUACACACAACAAUGUCUUCAUUCUCACACGGAAUGAGCAACAUGGGUAAAAAUGAUGAGCCACGGCGGGCACCAUUCUCAACACAACAGGAAGUGGCUAGAUCUACAGUUCCUUCUCUCAAGGUCAACAGUCACCCGGCCAAUCGAUGCACCAGUCCACGCUCAUCUAUAAUAACAUCGGAGGAUGCUUACCGUAUGUGCAAUAAUGACUACAAUAGCGUACAGCCAAUAACAAACAACAUUGUGUCCCGGUCAACUACUGGACCAUCAGCUGCCAGUGUAGCAUCCUUUAGUUCCUCAGACACUUCUCAGCCAAAUGUUUCACACUAUUAUCAACAGAAAUCAUUUCCAAGGAAUCCUCAAGUAGACAAGAGGACAAAAUCUCCCCUCGCAAACAACCCUAUUUCUGUGGCGUCAAGCCAAUCUGACAAUGUGGUUUCUAGUACAGGAAUGGUAGGGUUUGGUAAAGCUCCUGAAGGAGUGCAUUCUGUAAGUUAUAGUUCAUGUAUGUCAGAUGUGAUGAGUAACGGGCCAGUAACAUCAAAGAUGGAUAUGAGUAGGUGCAUUGCUAGCAGUAGUGGGAGCUAUGAUCCACAGAAGUAUUCUACAAGUGCAGCUUCUUCUAACAAGCGACGAUCACCAGCAAACUCCAUGAUCAACUCUCUCCCCCAGCAUUUCUUUGACCCUGCCCUACCUCUUGCAAAACGCUUGACAGAAUCUGUACAGAAGCUGGUGAAGCCUCUGCCCUCAAUAGAUCAGUCCUCGCUACCUCAUGCACAACACAAAUCUCCUGGUAAUACACCAUCUACAAAAUCUCAAGCCUCCAGCUCUCCUCCUCGGCUAACUCGUACUGCACCAGAUGCCAGACUGGCUGUGCCUGAUACAGCCAUGGCGGCCAAGUUUGUCAAAUCCAAUUCACCUGUAGAUCCUGACUCAGCAGCUCCCCCACACCUGUCUGCUGAAAUCUCCAGUUUAAUGGCCUGCAAAUCACAGGAAGAUGAAUUAGUAAAUAAUCAAGAUUGUUUACCAAUCUCUAGUCAUCCUUUUGUUAAAACUGACUUUCAAUCUCUGCCCUCACAGGAAUCUAGUGUUUCUCUAACAGGCAGCUCAACUCACCAUACUUUCACCAACUGUGAUUCAAACUUACCAGUGCAUUCUGACCCUAGCUCAGAGUCUUUGUGUGUGAAUCCAAUCGAAGGGAAAGUGCAUAAUAUCAGUGAUGGUACAAAUGGUGGGACCACGGUGGAGUUGAAUGCCAUUACAGAAAGUUGGACUGCUACUAUAGAAACACAACCAAACUUUAUGGUAAACAGUGCUAGUGGUAUGUUGUCUACUUAUCCACAUACAACUAUAAAUAGUGCUAGUGUAGGAGGAUCUGUUUUACAAAUUUCUACUCCAUCUUUGAAACAAAAAGGGACAUCUCAUAUUGAUGUGACUAGAUCUGAUUGUGUAUUAAACUAUACAACUGGAGGAGGAAUUCCGCCUCAUACAGUUUGUUCUACAAACACUGACAAUAAUACUUCUACAGUUGACAUAGAACCCAAGCACAACUUUGAACAUGAUGAGCAGACAGGCCAUUCACCAUCAAAAGUUAUUCUAAAUUGUAAUGGGAAUGAGUGCAAUACUUCUAGUACUGAGAAUUCCAAAAAAUCUUCUCCAAAUUUACUCCUAAACUGUAGUGCCAACAACAAUUUGUGUACAAAUACUUCUCAAUGUCCUGAGAUUACUUCUAGUCGUGCUGAAUGUGUAAAUAGUGUGUCAGUUGGUGGAGUUAAACCAACUUGUGCAACAACAGACAUCAUUUGCCAACAGCGUUCUGGGGACAGUACAAUUUCAAAUAUUAUCACACAACAGAAUUGUGAAGACAUGUAUGGUAAAACACCUGAUUCCUUGUCACAAGUUCAAUAUACAGCAAAUUCUGGUGCACAAAGCAUAAAUCGAAAUGAAGAAAAGGAGGAAUCCAAUGCAAAGGAAAAAACCAACAAUGUUCCACAGCUGCUACCUGCUUACAGUGAAUCAAAUCUGGUCAACUCCACUGGUGAUAUCACAGACUCUACAUCAAAUGCUAUCACCUCCCGACCACAGAGACAAACCAGUGUGCCUGAUAGUUCUAGGCCUCUAACCCCAGAAGAUUUUUCAACAACUACAAUGGCACUGAGACGAAGCAGAAAGUCCUCAGAAUCAAAUGAAAAUAAACCUAUUGAAAACAAAACAACUGAAAAUUUGACGUCAGCCCAACACAAUCUUCGUCUGACAAGGCAGCGCAACAAUCCGACUGACCCUGCUGAAAGGGAAGUAGGAACAAGACAGCGCUCAAACACUGCCGAUUCACAGGACAAGAAUGCUGAUAGUGACUCCGGUAAGAAUCUACGAACAUCCUCACGUAGAAGGAAACCAACUCAGAAUGAGGAGAUAAGUGCUGCAGAUCCCAGCAAGAAAACCACAAAUUUAGAUGAUUCUGAGGUUGCCAAACACACACGUUCAUCAGAUACUAAAGAUAAUGUCAAUGCCACAUUGAAGAAUGAUAAUGUGAAGAUGUCAACAAAUGAAGCAACUGAUUGUUUAACUUCAACACUGGAUUCUGUCAAAACUGGGCUCAGGAACAGAACUCAGAAUAAGGCACCAUCAGGGGAUGAAAAACCAAAAGGAAUUAACAAGGACCUUAAGAAAAAGCCAUUAGUUUCAGAAGAUGAAUUGGCACAGAAUAAGAAAGCUCAGCUGAGCCGGCGAAGUAGACACUCCCCAACACUUGCUAUUCAAAACCAAAUACGUGACAGAUCUCCAGUGCGCAGUCGAACACGAACCUUGGUAUCUCCCAACACCGACCCUCAGGAGGACUCUAAACGCUCCACUCGGUCCUCCAAACCCAGAGAUGCAACCGAAACUCUACCUCCUCCCAACAAACGGCGACGUUCCUCCCGAGACCACAGAUAAACCCUUCUACCACUGUCUCAUACUAACUUCCAAUUUGGUACUCUAACGAUGGUUGAUUUAGUUAUUAAUACUUGUAAAUACUCUCGACUCUUACAAAGUAUAAGGUGUAUAGUGGAUCAUUGAUUUGUCAUGUAAAUAGUGUCUGAAGUGUUGAAAUCAAUGAUCCCAAAUUGUUUAUAGUGAGUGUGAGGAUGUAUACUUGUAGUAAGGGAUGUUGUCACUCCAAAUGGCAUUUGUUUGUACAGAACCCACACCAUUAUUAUGUGCAUUAGUUUGAUAAUUUAUUUCUUUUUAGUGAAAAAUAGUGCUCUAAUUAUGAAUUGAAUAUGUCAAUUACGUUGUAUAUGAACUUAUUUCACUCAUAUAAUACACACAUAUUAUAUAAAUAUAUAUAUAUAGAUAUAUAUUAUAUAAAAAUCUGGGUACAUUUGAUGAAGAAAAAGUGAUAUUUGUUUUGAUUUUUUUUCUAUGAUUUCUCCCCCUAACCUGGUGCCCAGAUAAUACUAGACAUUGGAUACUGCAGAUGGUAGAUAAUAGGCAAAUAGAUCUAUAAACAUAUGUAUAGUUCAGAUAUAUUAAUCAAAAACAGUUAUGAUAACCCUCAUCUCUAAUGUAUGUGAUACUUUUUUUGUGUUGUUAAAUGAUAUCAGGCAGUCUGUUGUGUGGUACAGCCUGAAAUAUGAGAAAGUUGCAUAAUUUUCACCUUGUUACAGAAGCUUUAGACUACUAAUCUGCCCUGAGUACUGGACACAAGGUGUCGUGUUGUCACCAUCAGGCUAUUUAUGUUUUGUUAUUGUGUAUAUAACAUUGAUCAUGUCUCUAGUCCUGGGGCUCCAUGUAUGGUACAGUCCACCAGAGGUUUAGUGGUGUGUGUACUGAAACAAAGCUCAUUAAUAUUAACAACCACACACCAUUUUAUCAUCAGUAAUGAAUUAACUUUUCAUAAUUUGAGUUUAAUGAAAUUAUCACUGUCAUCUUUUGUAAAUAAAGCAUGCACCAUCAAAGCUGGUGAUACACUACUAUCAGUGUUGAGUUUGCUGAUGUUAUGUACAUAUAUAAGGAGCUUGAAUAAUGUAGGGGUUGGUUUGAACUGAGUGACCAUUUAUUGUCCUUAGAAGCCUUCGUGGCUAAAUCUCUUUCGUGUUGGGUCUUUAUUCAUUGGCAAAUUAUUUUCUUCAUUCUAUCAGGGAUAUAGGUUCUCACAUUUGCUUCAGUCAAAUUCUUUCCCCCAUGUUUAUUCAAAACAGAUAAUCUAACAUAACUAGGUAUCUUACCUGCAGUUGGUUUUGUACCCGUACAGUUAUUAGCUCUCUGUGUCUUUUUGGUGUCCAUUCAGCAUAUUUUUAUUUUUAUAUCCAGUAUUCGUGAAUAAACAUAGCUCACAUUUGCAGUA